AUGGGUUCAAACUCCUUGGAUAGGAGUGCCAUUGAAGCCAAAUACGCCGAAGAACGACAGAAGCGACUUCGAGAUGACGGUACUUCACAAUAUAUCGAUGUGAUGGACUCGAAAAAGCUCAAUAACUUUGCCCGUGAUCCCUGGGCGUGGAGCGAGCCACUGAAGAUUGUCCACCCUCCUCAGAAUGGAGACAAGUUCAAAGUGGUCAUUCUAGGUGCUGGGUUUGCAGGUAUCCUCUAUGGAGCUUAUCUACUUCAGGCUGGACUUUCGCUCGAUGAUUUACUCCUCCUCGAUCGUGCAUCAGGCUUUGGGGGCACCUGGUACUGGAACCGUUACCCUGGCGUCAUGUGUGAUGUGGAGAGCUAUAUCUACCUUCCACUCCUCGAGGCUACAGGAUAUAUGCCACGGCACAAGUACUCCUACGGCAACGAAAUCAUGGAGUACGCCAAUAUCCUGGCGUCGAAAUUCCGGCUUCAUGAAAGGGCGCUGUUCGAUACAGAGGUAGAAGGCGCCGCGUGGGACGAAUACAGCAAGGAGUGGACUAUCAAGGCAACGCAUACGAACCAGAGUGGCGAACCUCAGACACUUGACAUGCGAUCCAACUUUUUUAUCCUGGCUCCAGGACUGCUUACAAGGCCCAAAAUUCCGGCGAUUCUAGGCAUUGAAGAAUUUUCAGGACAUUAUUUCCAUACAUCCCGCUGGGACUAUAGUUAUACGGGCGGCUCUCCCAAUGAUUGGUCCUUGACGAAUCUCCAGAACAAAAAAGUGGCAGUUAUCGGAACUGGUGCAACGGCUAUACAAGUGGUACCUGAGGUUGCUAAAUGGGCAAGGCACCUCUACGUGGUGCAGCGGACCCCAGCAGGGGUUGAUGUCCGCGGUCAACACCCUACAGACCCUAACGUCUGGCGACGAGAGAUCGCGACUAAGCCAGGCUGGCAGGAGGAGAGAGUUCGCAAUUUUCUCCUGUGGAUGAGUGACCCCUAUGAGGACCCUGAAACUGACAUGGUAAAUGAUGCUUGGUCGAAGUUUCGCUCAGCCGGCGCCCAGUGUGGCGGUCCUCGGGCGAAGGCUCUCACGAUAGACACUCUGGAAGAUUUCAUCAACCGUUAUAAAGACAUGGACCUUGAGCGGACGGAGAGGAUACGGCAGCGGGUGGACACAAUUAUUCAAAACCCAGACACCGCAGCGAGUCUCAAGGCCUGGUACGCGAGAUGGUGUAAACGACCAUGUUUCCACGACGACUACCUCGCUGCAUUCAAUCGCUCUAAUGUGCAACUUGUUGAUACUGAUGGAGCUGGCCUCACUCGGGUCACCAAAACUGGCUUUAGUAUUGGCAUGGAGGAGUACGACGCCGAUGUUAUCAUCUUCAGCACCGGCUUCGAGUUCGGAGUGUUAAAGUCGCCUGACAGUCAGGCAGGGAUCACCGUGACUGGCCGUAAUGGUCUUACGCUGAGUGAAGAGUGGGAGCGCGGUCUUGCUACAUUAUAUGGGAUCACCACCCACGACUUUCCCAAUAUGUUCUUCUGGGGGGUGAGCCAAUCGACAGCCUCCCCAAAGUUGAUGAUAUCUAUCGACACUUUGGCCAAGCAUGCGGGUUACAUGAUCUCGAAUGGUCUGGAAGCUGCCAAAGCAAAGGGGUCAUCGAAGCCGGUCGUAGAGGCCACGGCUGCCGGAGAGGAAGAUUGGUCGAAUCGCAUUGUGAGAAUGGCUCUGGCAGGCGCGGUAGCUGCAGGCUGUACACCCAGCUACCAGAGCCGGGAGGGCGAGUUGGAAAGGCUGAGUUCGAGCGAAGACAGGGCCAAAGUUGCACGAGCGGCGCCGUGGCUAGCGGGGGCUUUGGAUUUCUUCGACAUCCGUGAAGAUUGGAAGACGUCAGGCGAUCUGGAAGGUCUUGAGGUGUCUGCCCACUGA